AUGUUGUGUCUAAUUUGGAACUGUCAGGGCGCGGCUUCUAGGUCUUUUAAGCGUGCCCUGUGUCAUUUGAUUUCGAUUCAUAAACCUUCAGUAGUUUGUUUACUGGAACCAAAAGUUUCUGGCAGUCAAGCUAACUCAAUUUGCUCAAGUAUUGGUUAUGACGAGUGGGUAAGGGUAGAAGCAGUGGGCUUCUCCGGUGGCAUCUGGAUCCUAUGGAAAAAUUCUCUUAACAUUGAGAUAAUUGACACUCACCCCCAAUUUAUCACCUUGCAGGUGUAUCUAGAGGAAACAGGCUGGUGGAGGCUCUCAAUCAUCUAUGGGAGCCCGAUUCUGUAUCUGAGGAGAAGAUUAUUCACUGAUCUAACUUGUGCUAACUCUAACUCUCAGGGGCUAUGGCUUAUGGCAGGUGAUUUCAACUCAAUUACAUCGCAGGAGGAAGUCAACAACCCGGAGAGUUUCUCAUUGGCAAGAUGCACGAACUUUAAUGAUUGGUUGUUUCGAGAAGGACUUAUUGAUCUUGGAUAUAUGGGAACUCAGUUCACUUGGAUGAGAGGGACGAAUCCGACAACUUUUAAAGCUGCCAGGCUCGACCGGGCACUCGGGAACGUUGAGUGGAAGCUUCGUUUUCCAGACACAUUGGUGGAGCACCUCCCCAUGAUUUGUUCUGACCACACACCCCUUCUGAUCACCACUACUCCAUCACCAGAGUCUCUCAAGAACAAAACAUUCAGGUUCAACAUGGCAUGGGUUACGGAUCCUAGUUUCUUAGCAGUGGUGCACCAGAACUGGAAGAGAGAUGGCAGUCUGGAGGACAAUAAAAACAAUGUAGCUAAGGCAUUGACAGUCUGGAACACUAACACAUUCGGGAAUGUUUUUAAGAAGAAGAAGAGACUGUUGAACAGAAUUGGUGGAGUACAGAAAAUUCUCGCAAAUAGCGUGAGACCAGAGUUGAUCAGAUUGGAUCGGAAAUUGCGCUUAGAGUUGGAGGAAGUAUUAUACCAAGAGGAACUGAUUUGGUACCAGCGAUCCAGGGAAGAGUGGAUCACGUCAGGGGAUCGAAACACAAGAUUCUACCACAUUGCGACUUCGAUUAAGAAUGGUCACAAUAAAAUCAAAAUGUUAAAGGACGAUGAUGGCAACUGGAUAACAGAGGAAAACAAUGUUAGGAAUCAUGUUAGGAGCUACUUUGCUAGGCUGUUUACUGAUGAGUCGUCAACCGACAAUCUUACUUUGCUAACCGGCAAAUUUCCAAGGCUAACGGAUGAGGACUGGGAAUCGGUUAAUGCACCAUUCAACCAAGAAGAGAUUAAAGUCGCUUUAUUUGAUAUGGCACCAUGUAAGGCCCCAGGCCCUGAUAGAUACACAGCAGGUUUCUUCCAAAAAACAUGGAACAUCACUGGUGACUGUUUGGUACGAACUGCCCAAGAGUUUUUUGUAAGCGGUAAACUCCCCCCAGGUUCGAACGACACCUUGAUCUCUUUAAUACCCAAAGUGACAACCCCAGAUUCAGUAAAACAAAUUCGUCCUAUUGGCUUAUGUAAUACCUCAUACAAGCUGCUAACAAAAGCUAUGGCAUCAAGAUUGAGAGGUAUAGCUAUGAAACUGAUCGGCCAGCACCAGACUAGCUUUGUGCCAGGCAGAUUAAUUACAGACAACAUCUUGGUCUACCAAGAAGUCUUGCAUUCUAUGAGAACCAAGCAAGGAUCUAAAGGCUGGAUGGUGGUUAAGUUGGAUUUAGAAAAGGCUUAUGAUAGGCUUUCAUGGAAGUUUCUUGAAGACACACUGAAGGAAAUUGGCUUCAACCAGAGCUGGAUUAGAAAUAUAUUAGAAUGUGUCACCACACCCCGGCUAGGAAUCAUGUGGAAUGGACAAAGAUUAGAGUGGCUUAAACCAGGACGAGGACUAAGACAGGGAGACUCUAUAUCCCCCUUUCUUUUUGUACUUUGCAUAGAGAGACUAAGUCACAUUAUCAAUGAGUCUUUAGAACACAACAAAUGGAAAGGAAUUAAGAUUUGUAGGAAUGGCCCUCAUAUUUCUCAUCUCUUUUUUGCAGACGACUUGAUUCUAUUCGGUGAGGCAACUAUCGAACAGGCCAUGGAGAUGAAGAACUGUUUAGAAAUCUUCUAUGCACACUCGAGACAGAAAGUCAGCCUCCACAAGUCAUCAGUGUUCUUCUCCAGGAACACGAACCCAUCCAUACAGGAGGAUAUUAGUGAGGCACUAGGAGUACCAAGAGUUACAGACAUGGGCAAGUAUCUUGGUGUACCAUCCUUGCAUGGGAGACUAAAUAAGGAUACGUUCACUGGGAUUAUAGAAAGGAUUAGACCAAAGCUGGCAGGCUGGAAGUCUAAAUCUCUCUCAUUUGCUGGUAGGUAUACUCUGGCGCAAUCAGUAUUAUCAACAAUACCAUAUUAUACAAUGCAAAUGACCCUGCUGCCUACCGGGGUGAUUCUAGCCAUCGAGAAAAUCAUCCGCAACUUUUUAUGGGGGAGUAAAGAUAGCGAAAGGAAGUGCCACUUAGUCAAAUGGGAUGUGAUCACCAAAAGUAAGGCUCAGGGAGGCCUGGGCAUUCGCAAGCUGGAACCGAUGAACCGGGCUUUUCUUGCUAAGCUUGGAUGGCGUCUCGUUCAGAAUGAAGACUGUUUCUGGACUAGGAUUUUCAAAGCGAAGUAUUCAAUUGCAUCGACGGACUGCACUACGUGGAAACCAAAGACGAACAUGUCUAACGCUUGGAGAGGUAUUCUUAAAGCGGUGCCUGUUCUACAGAAUGGAAUUAGGAAGUCAGUAAGAAACGGCAGAGGCACGUUAUUCUGGAAAGAUCUAUGGCUGGGUAACAGGCCCUUGUACCAAGAAGCCAUUACCACUGUACCUUCAACAGAGCUUGAUAAAACGGUCUCCAGUUACUGGGAUGCAAACAGGGGUUGGCUUUGGGAAACAUUAAAUUCGCUACUCCCAGAAGAGAGUCUCAACAGACUAGCAGCGUGCGUCCUGCACAAUGAGCACAACAUGGCGGACAUCACGGGAUGGAGAUUGGAGUCUUCUGGCCUCUACUCGGUCAGUUCAGCAUACGAUAACGCUAUUGGAGAUGAUAAUUCAUUAGAAGCAGCGAAAUGGAACAGUAUCUGGAAGCUAAAACUCCCCAACCGCAUAAGGACAUUUCUGUGGCUAGUAAAACACAAUAGAGUUAUGACUAUUGAGAAUAGAGUCAAGCGCGGAAUGGCAAACUCGAAUAGAUGCUGGCAGUGCACAAAUAGGGUGGAAAAUGUAAAACAUGUAGUGCGCCUUUGCCCACUAGCGGAUGCAGUUUGGAAAAGAAUUCUCCCAGACUUCUCUGAGAAGACCAGGGCGUUCCCUUUCGCUAAAUGGUUAGAGGAAGGAAUUGCCAACAAAGGACUCAAGGUUGAUGAAAUUAGUAAGGCUUUUGCAAAAGCCAAUCUCCCUGGUGAUACUAUGGGUACAAGAAGUUGGCAGAGUUUGUCUUGGACUAAGCCUCAUGCUGGGUUUGUUAAAGUUAACGUGGAUGGCUCUGUCGAGAGGAAUACCUCCAGAGCCAGUUGCGGGGGAGUGAUACGGGAUGAAACAGGCACUUGGAAGCAAGGAUUUGUAUAUAAUAUUGGUAACUGCUCUCCACUUGAAGCUGAGGCAUGGGCUCUACUCAAAGGAUUGCAACUGGCUAUCCACAUGGGUCUCAACAGAGUGGUUUUUGAAACUGACUCCAGCGACAUCACGAACUUUUUGAACUCCUCAAGGCCACCAACAAUCGCAGCCCACAAUAUUCUUGAGGCCUGCAAAAGAGAGCUGCGAAAUAUCGAAGCAUGGCAGAUUGUAAACAUUGUAAGGGAACAGAAUCAGGUUGCCGACUCUCUAGCCAGACAUGCCAAGGAUUUCCCGAGAGGGAUGAUUAUCCUCUCGGAUCCGCCGAAGGAAAUCUUAGGACUCCUUGAUGGCGAUAGUUGUGGCCUCCCAUCGUGGCGUGAUGGACUGGGUUGGGACGAGGAGUGUGUGAAGGAUAUUUUUAACGAAAGGGAUGCUAGUAUUGUACUAAAUAUUCCAGUUAGCUUGCGACGACCUAGUGAUGCUUGGGUUUGGUAUAAAAGGAAGCGAAAGGUUGCUGAAGUGGAAAGCUCCAUCACCUGGCCGGUUAAAGAUGAACACGUAUAUUGUUAUGAAUAUUCAUCACAAUAUUAUGGGGCUGGGCUAGGUGCUACGAGAUCACAAUGUGUUCAAGAGGCCAAAGCGGUUUGUAUUCGUGAAGCAUUGAGUUGGCUAAAAGGAACCUGGAUGGGAGAUGUAGAUAUUGAGACUGAUUCUCAACUUGUUUAUUAUGCUUUAUCUGCGAAUCCUUUUAUUUCUACUUUUGGUUUUUUGAUUGAUGAUGUUAAAGAAAUUGCAUCUAUGAUUGUGGGUGUAGACUUCUGUUUUGUUAAGCGAUCUGCGAAUCGUGUUGCCCACAUUAUUGCUCGGGAAGCCGUUUCUUUGACAGGUUGCGGGGAGUGGUUCGAUACUCCUCCUCUUUAUUUUGUUGAUUGCCUUUUAUCUGAUUUAAUGAAUUAA